AUGCAGAAGCGUCCGAAGGCGGAAGUGAAAAGCGUGACGGGGCCGGCCAAACCGCCGCGUCUGAAGGCCGCGAAAAAGCAGUUGCAGUUCGAGAGUCCGCUGCCACGAAGGACACGCGCCAAGCAGCAGCAGGACGACCAGUUGCAGAAACAACAACAUCAUUCUCAGCAGGAAAAGCGGGAGGAAAAGCGGCAGCAAAAGCCAACAGACAAAGUCAUUGCUAUGCCGGGCAGCAGCCAGGAUGCGGACACGGAUGCGGCAGCGGAAGCAGCAGUGGACGUGCCAGAAACAGAGCCAGUUCCAUGGCCAGACCCACCCCCGUACUCCCAUCCAGAUCCUGGCCAGCUCACGGUGUCACAUUCACAGUCCGCCCCCGCCUCCGCCUCCUCCUCCGCCGCCAAAAGGCGUCUCGCCGAAGGCUGCACCAGUCUUAUGUAUGCCUGUCAGCGGGGCGACAUUGUCCAAGUGCUCGCCCAAAUGCGCGAAAAGCCCCAAUUGCUGCGGCAGCGGGACCGAAGCCAUCGCAACGCGCUGCACUACUGUGCCGCGCAGGACGUCGACCGGAGCAAGGACCUCGUGGCGGCCGCCAGCAUCGCGAUCGCAGCCCCCGAGCUGCUGGAGUCGGCGGACGAGGAUGGCUUCACCCCGCUCCACCUGGCGGUCAUCCAGGGCAACCUGGCGAUGGUCAACCUGCUACUGGCCAACAGGGCGGAUGUGAAUGCGGUGGACAACGAGGGCCACUCGGUGGUGCACUGGGCCACGGUAUGCGGUGAGGUGGAGUCCUUGCGAGCGGUCCUGGCGGCAGGAGCCAGUGUGGCCAAGCCGGACGCGAAUGGCGGGACUCCUUUGCACUAUGCCGCCCAGAUGUGCGGAGCCAGUCACGAUAGCAAACAGCAGGCCAGCUCCACGGCCAGUUCAAGGCUCUCCCUGGAGAUCCUGGGCAUCCUGCUGUCCCAUCCCCAGAGCAGUGUGGAUGUCCAGGACAAGGAUGGUCGUCAGCCGCUCCUGUGGGCCGCUUCAGCGGGCUCAGCCAAGGCAGUGAUUGCUUUGGUCAAGGCGGGGGCCAGAGUGGAGUCCUCCGAUAAAGAUGGCCUCACUGCUCUGCAUUGUGCUGGUUCCCGGGGACACACUGAAUGCAUCGACACCCUGAUUGGUCUGUGUGGCGCCCCCACCGAUUUGAUCGAUUCAAAUGGCUGCACAGCCCUGCAUUAUGCCGUCACCUUGGGUCAUGCCGAUGCCACUGCUAGAUUGUUGGAUUUGGAGGCGGAUCCCAAUCGCCAGGAUCGCAAGGGACGCACACCAGCACAUUGUGGCUGCUCCAAGGGGCAAUUCGAGACCUUGAAGUUGCUCAAGGAUCGUGGAGCAAAUCUCUGGCUGCGCAAUGCCAAGGGUGAUUUGCCGCUCCACGAGGCAGCGGCUUCGGGGAGAAGAGAGCUCCUCGAAUGGCUCCUUAACCAGCGACCCAAACAGGUGAACACCACUAGCAAUGAUGGAAGGAGUCUGCUUCACAUUGCGGCAGCGAAUGAUUACACGGAUAUGUGUAAGCUGCUACUGGAUUAUGGGGCCGAUGUGAAUGGGGUGUAUAGAAAUUCCAGGGGAUUGGUCUUAACACCUCUUGAUGGAGCUCUGCAAAGGGGUCAUCGCUCCACGGCCAAGUUCCUGCAGGCUAACGGCGGUCAGCCGGCCAACAAGGUGAGAUUAUCGAGUAGAAGAGCAGGGAAUCCCUUCCACGAAACCAAUGCCACCGAUAUGGUGAGACCUUUGAAAUACGUGGAAAAGGAAGAACUACACGAUCUGCGCAGCUCUAAAAAGUAUGUGGUGUAUCUAAAACACGCAGAUUCGGAUACUGGAAAUGGUAAUGGUAAUAAUAAUGGUAAUGGUAAGGUUGAAGAUCCUGAAGGCGACUGCAGCUGCUCGGAGCAAACCUAUCGCAAGGAACAGCGCUUGAAGCACGUCUGUCGUAGGCACAAGAGGCGGCAGCUGAGGCGAAGGACCAGCAGUUGUGGCGAGUCCAAGCACGAGCGAUGCAGUGAAAUCUGCCGAUCCAAGAGUAACAUUGAGAUACGAAGACGCAAAUCUAGGGAGAGAUAUGCGAGCUCUAGUGAAUGGGAGGAGGAGGAUGAGGAUGACGAGGACUCCUGCGAGAACUGUUGCUAUCACAAAAGAGAAAAGAAUCGAGUGGUGGCCCGCAAGCGAUCCACUUCCUCCAGGAAAUCAAAAAACCGAGAAGAUAGCGAGGAGGAGAAGUCUUCACCAGAGAAAGAUUCAAGGAAACCGCUGACAGUUAAUGGAGAUCAUCAGGCUGGGAACUCCAAGGAUCAGAACAAUCCAAAGGAGCGACAAUCCUCGCCUACCAAGGAAGCCACCUUCAUCAAGUCACCAAACCAAAGCGCCAGGAGUGAGAAACCCACUGAAAUGGACAGUCUCGUGGUGGAGGAAUCACAUGCAGUGGAGCUGACCGACGAGGAGCAGGAGGCGGCGGCCAAGUCGGUGGUGACUCAGGUGGAUGUCCAUCAUGAACCAGAGGAGAAUCACAACUCCAAAUCCUCCGAGGAAUUACCAGAGGAAAAUGGCAGGGAAAAAGAGGAUGUGAAGCUGCAGCUGAGCGAGGAGGAAACCCAGUUGGUAACGAAAGAGGUAGAACAGGUGAUCAAAAUAGCAGCCACGGCGUUGAGCAGCGAGUCCAAGAGUUCCUCCAGUGAGGAAAGGCCAGCGGAAAGCACCGAAGCACCUGCUGAAAAACCUGAAGAGGAGGUUGAGGAAUCCCCAAAGCCUGUAAGCCCCCCUAAACCUGCCACGCCCCCUUCACCACCCAAAGAAGAGGCCGCUAAGCCACCGAGUGCCGCAGAGAAACCACAGCCAAAUGCCAACACGGUCGAAGGGGUUGAGUCUGCGGCUUCAGGGAAAAAAGUCGAGCAGCUGGAGGAGGCUGAAGCCAAACCGAAACCUAAUACUCCCACUCCCCCGACCACUGCUCAUCCUCCUCCCUCUGCCCCAACUGAGCCGAAAAAGCCGCCAACCGCACCACAGCCACGCCCCUCCACACCCACCACCCCAAACAACACCAGCAGCCAGCCGGAGCCACCGCAAAGGGAACAGGAGACGAGGCGCUCCUUCACACUCCUGCCCUCCGAUUCGGCGGACGAUGACCCAGUUCCAAACCCAAAUCAGAACUCUAAUCCUGCAGCCUCAGCUUCCGAUGAGCCAACUGCCAACGAGCGGAAAUCGAGCUUCCAAGUGCUGAAAAGCGAUGACUCCCUGGAUGAGAAGACCAAGAGACCUGGACCUCCUCGCAAGGUGGAGUACGAGACAUCCAAUCAAGUCUUUCAGGUGGUCAGCGAGGGGGGAGGAUCCGGGGUCCAGCUGCCCAGUGCCGCGGAGCUGGAGAAGAUGGAGUAUGAGUACGAGGAGUACGACGAUGAAUACGAUGAUGAUGAGAGGGAUGGCUUGGAUCCGGAGCAUGAUAGUGCCCUGCGUCGCUUCCUCAGCAGCGGAAAUCGACAUGGAGUGGGGAGUUCAGGAGCAGUUGGUUUAGGAGGAGGAGGAGCAGCUGGAGGAUCCAUAGCAGAUGACACAUCGGAGGGCAUGGGAGGUAAUGGAAGGAAGCGACGGCUCAAAAAGCGCGUGCGCAGCGGCAACAAAACGCGCAGCAAUUGGAAAAACUCUCAGGAUUCGCGAGAUGGCAGCCAUAUGGUCGCCUUGGCCACCACCAGCAAGGAUCAGGACUCGGGAUUCGAGCCAAGUCCGCGGGCGGAGCGCAGCAAGAUACCCACUCUGCGUUCGGCCCACACGGCCCACAUGCCGCGUAAGCCCAUCUACGCCACUCUGGACGGAAGGUCCUGCAGCAGCAGGAUGGAGAACCGCAAGCCAGGCGAUAAGGGAGCCUGCGACAUGGGCGCCGUCACCCGAUCCAUUCAGCGGAAUAUCAGGAGAUACUACAUGGAGCGCAAGAUCUUCCAGCAUCUGCUGGAGCUCAAGUCGCUGCAGAUUCGCUCCAGCAAAUUGAACGAGGCUGUGCUGGUUAAGCGGGCCGUGGACGACUACCACAAGUCCUGCGUCCUUUUGGGCGGCGAAACGGGCACGCGACUAAGGCGCUACAACUUCAGCGAGUACACGUUCAAGAACUUCGAGCUCUUUCUCUACGAGACGCUCAAGGGACUCCAGCGACCGGGCACCAACAACUUCCAGAACAUCAACGAGGUGUACGAGGAGGCGGAGCGGCGGCUCAGUCCGGAUUACAAUGCCUACGAGAAGGCGCUGCAGUGCACCACCAAGACGCACCGCUGCCUCCAUGCGGCCCACGCCUACACGGGAAUACCCUGCGCCGCCUACAUUCCCAUGAUGAAUCAUCACACGAUGCCAAAGUUCGGCUUUGGCCAGUACAAGAAGACCGGCAGCGUGAGCAGCUUCUUCCUGCCGAAAAUCCUGACCAGCGGUCGUGCUGCCAGCGGAAGAGCGGGCGGUUUGGGAAGCGGUACAGGGGGCGGCACGGGCGGAAGUGCCAGCGGCAACCGCUGCAACCACAAGGUGGCUCUGGAAUUGUCGCACGGCAAGAACAAACAGCUAAUUUCACUGCCCGCAGAAAAGCUGGACAGCAAUAAGCGGUACUACGUGACGUUCACAGUUAAGGACUCCUCGUCGCAGCAGCAGUGCAAGUAGUGCGUAUGUAUGCGUAAUGUGGCGCACAUUGCGUAUACGCCAUGGAUGGAUGGCCAUUGGCGGGAUCCUGCGCCCGCAUCCUCAGGCUCCUUUUUAUGCUGUUUCUGUUUUUGCUGCCGCUUCUGCUGUUGCUGCUGCUCCAAAUGCAUUAAAACAAUGCCAUCGCAACAUUUUGUGUCGCUGCUCCCGCUGUUGCAGUUGCUUUUGCUGUUGCUGUUCCAGCAAUUGUUGUGGCCACCCGUUGUCCGCGCUGCCUUUUUUCCAUUCGCUUCCUGUCCGGGUUGCUGGAGUAAUACCACGGAAAAUGGGGGCUUUUGCAGGGUGUAUCGCGGACGUAUACACUUAGCCCAUUAGGUGGGCAAAAUUCAAUUUAUUAAGCUCAACUGAAAGCAGGCUCUUUGGCUUUUUAAUUUUGAAGAA